GGGCGUGCCCGUAAGGCGGGAGGCAGCGCUGGGAUCUCUCCUCGUGCUCCGCGUUGAGCCCCCCGCAGCCGCCGCGACCGCCACCGCCCCUGCAGCGGUCGUCAGGGCUCGGCUCCGGGUUGCGUCCUCCACGGCUCCUGCUGGUGUCCUUAGAGCAUGGGAGGCUGCUGAGCUUGAGUGGCGGGGUCCAGUAGGAGCUGCGUGUCUCACUCCUUGCCAGGGAGGGCAUCCAUGGCUGCAGCCAACAAGGGCACCAAGCCCAGAGUCCGGAGUAUCCGCUUCGCGGCAGGCCAUGAUGCAGAAGGCUCCCAGAGCCACGUCCACUUUGACGAGAAGCUGCAUGACUCGGUGGUCAUGGUCACCCAGGAGAGUGACAGCAGCUUUCUGGUCAAGGUUGGCUUCCUGAAGAUCCUGCACAGGUAUGAGAUUACCUUCACUUUGCCCUCGGUGCAAAGGCUGAGCAAGGACGUCCGAGAGGCACCUGUCCCCAGCCUGCACCUCAAGCUCCUCAGCGUCAUGCCUGUCCCAGAAGGUUACAGCAUCAAGUGUGAGUACACGGCGCACAAGGAAGGCGUCCUCAAGGAGGAGAUGCUGCUCGCCUGUGAAGGUGGCACGGGCACCUGUGUGCGAGUGGUGGUGCAGGCACGCGUCAUGGACCGGCACCAUGGCACACCCAUGCUGCUGGAUGGUGUCAAGUGUGUGGGUGCUGAGCUAGAAUACGACUCGGAGCACAGCGACUGGCACGGCUUCGACUGAGGCCCAUGCCCCGGCCCACCUCGGGGCCCCUCAGCCUUAAUCUCCACCUCACAUCCCCGAAUGCUGCAUGGUUGUGUGGCUUCCUCAUCCCUCCCCAGGGUGGGCGUGGGGGUGGUGUGUCCAGGGGCCUCCAAGCUGGGGCCCUGCCCACGCUUCACCCCUGUCUUCAUUUUUAUCACCUUCCUGCCUCUCCUGCAUCCUCCUCUUCCCACUUCUUCCUCUCCAUGUGCCUCAGUCUCCUGCGGGAAGAAAUGGGUUGAGCCCCCAAGGAGGCUAUCUGAGGAGGGGCAGGGGAGGGGAGGACCUGGGGUGGGUUUUACCCACCCCCCCACUGCAAGCCAUAGGAGCUCCAGCCAGAGCCUGAGAGAGGAGGGAACUGGCUCUGUGACGUCAUCACCCCAUUACUGCUGCUGCUGCUGCUGUCUCAUUUAAGCCACCUCUCUUGCCCCCUCCCACUUUCCCACUGCUGUCCAUGGUGAAUUGGAGGGAGGUGCAUUUCCCAGCCCCUACCCCCAGGUGUGUAUUACUUGGUUUUUAAACAACUGGUUGGGGUAAAACCUUAAAGAAAUAAAAC